CGUCCAGCGGCACAGCACUGGGUCAGAAGGUACAUCCUGCUGCUGGCAGGGUUCCUGUCAAGGCAUCAGGUCUUUCAAGAGAAAGAUUUACUCCUUCCCUAUUUCUCCGUCAAUCCCCAACCUUCUGGACUACGGUUAUGGUUUAACUCAGCAGAAUUUGUUGAGCAACUACGAUAUGCUGGGGACCGUGGCAUGGAAUGCAACUUGCGAAAACUGGCUGGCAGCAGAGGCUGCCCUGGAAAAGUACUACCUUUCCAUUUUUUAUGGGAUUGAGUUCGUUGUGGGAAUCCUUGGAAAUACCAUUGUUGUUUAUGGCUACAUCUUCUCUCUGAAGAAUUGGAACAGCAGUAAUGUCUAUCUCUUUAACCUCUCUAUCUCUGACUUAGCUUUUCUGUGUACCCUCCCCAUGCUGAUAAGCAGUUAUGCCAAUGGAAACUGGACAUAUGGAGACGUGCUCUGCAUAAGCAACCGAUAUGUGCUCCAUGCCAACCUCUAUACCAGCAUUCUCUUUCUCACGUUUAUCAGCAUAGAUCGAUAUUUGAUAAUUAAGUAUCCUUUCCGAGAACACCUUCUGCAAAAGAAAGAGGUUGCUAUUUUAAUCUCCUUGGCCAUUUGGGUUUUAGUAACCUUAGAGUUACUGCCCAUACUUCCCCUUAUAAAUCCUGUUAUAACUGACAAUGGCACCACCUGUAAUGAUUUUGCAAGUUCUGGAGACCCCAACUACAACCUCAUUUACAGCAUCUGUCUAACACUGUUGGGGUUCUUUAUUCCUCUUUUUGUAAUGUGUUUCUUUUAUUACAAGAUUGCUCUCUUCCUAAAGCAGAGGAAUAGACAGGUUGCUACUGCUCUGCCCCUUGAAAAGCCUCUCAACUUGGUCAUCAUGGCAGUGGCAAUCUUCUCUGUGCUUUUUACACCCUAUCAUGUCAUGCGGAAUGUGAGGAUCGCUUCACGCCUCCGGAGUUGGAAGCAGUAUCAAUGCGCUCAGGUCGUCAUCCACUCCUUUUACAUUGUGACACGACCGUUGGCCUUUCUGAACAGUGUCAUCAACCCUGUCUUCUAUUUUCUUUUGGGAGAUCACUUCAGGGACAUGCUGAUGAAUCAACUGAGACACAACUUUAAAUCCCUUACCUCCUUUAGCACAGCUCAUGAACUCCUAUUUUCAUUCAGAGAAAAGUGAGGUGUUUGUGAAACAGAUUGUUUUACAAAUGCAUCUGUAAGCCAGUUAGAGUUUGCUUGAACUCGUAGACAUCAAUCAGAGUGUGUCACAGAUUUAACCUUCAUCUAAAGACAAGUUGUAUCCAGAGUAUGCGAAAAGAAUGGGACGAUAAGAAUGUACCAGUUUCUUCUCCUAAGAACUGAAAGGAGUUGGAUUGCCUCAUGUUUGGGUAACUCCAAAAUACUAGGUGUUAUAAGACUUUCUCACUCAGUGCAGAAAUGGAAGAUAUAUAAAGCAACAAGUUGUCUGCAUUUGAUCAUUGGUCAGAUUGUAAAAAAAAAAAAAAAAAAAAAAAAAUGUUUAGGCAACAUUCUCUAUGUUAUUCUCAUUCCUAUGAUCCUAGAACUUUAUGUGAGAACUGAAUAGCAGAAGAUGUAUUAUUAAAUAUUUUUCAGAAGUUGUGCUGUUAAGCAAAUUUAAAGUCAACAGUAACAAUGAUUAAGAAAGCAAUAUAAGAAAGCAAUAUAAUGAGUUCAAGGAUAUCGAUCUGAUAUAUUUUUUAUAUUCAUCAUGAAUCGGGGUAGUCUUUUAAUUUAUCUAUCCUUUUUUGUUGUAUGGUUUAUAGUGGAAAGAAUCUUAAUUUAAAUUAAAAAGAACCUAAAGAGAUAAUUCAACAAAAGUAGAGAAUAUGUUUGAGCUUGUCAGGAAAUUUAGAUAUUGAAAUACUAGAGAGAUACACCAAGGAUAUUUGAAUAAUAAUAAAAAAAAAAGAUUUGUAGAACACAAAGUGCCUAUUGGGAAACCCAAAGCAAAACAGAGCAAAAGUGAGUACAUAGUUUUAAAUGAUGAUUUUGCCAUCUGGCAUUUUAUUAUCAUAAUUUGACCACCAGUGCAUGAAAAUAUAUUAAAGUUCAUUAGCCUUCUGCUCUUGAUUUAAUAGUGAACUUUAAAAUAUAUUAAUAUCAUAAACCAGCAAAUGAGGACAAAUAAACUGAUAAUAGUAGAUUCAUUGGGAUAGUUUUCCCUUUUGGAGGGAAAGUCACAAUUUUUUUCCAUGAUCCCCUUUUUUUAUAAACACUGGAAUAAUUUACAAGGAUAACUUUAUUGCAGCGAGAGUAAAUCACAUCUGGAGUGAGCCUUGCUUUCAUGCAACAUUACUGUAAGAUCAUUGGAGUAAAUGUUUCAAACAAAAUGUACUUUAUGAAAUUAUAGAACAUAAAAAUAUUUAUGUGCUUAUUAAUCUGUAUUAUCCCAGGAGGGUUAAUGAGGCACCAUAACAUGCAUAAAACAAAUGUAGGGAAAAAAAUGGGUGCUGCAUUAACUUUUUAAAGUCAAAGAAGUGCCACAUAAUAAUUCCCUGAUAUGCAACAUAAAGUGUCUAUGGCCACAUAUCUAAGUUCCUUUCCUUGAUGUCAUUAGCUAUAAGGAGUGAGUAAUGUGAAGGAUAAAAUAAGCAUUAUGAAUACAGAGACACAAAAUUCCACUGUCCUUCCUUUUCUGAAAUACUCUGGGAGGUAUUCUGAUAUUUUUUAAUCUGUCAAUUUUCCCAGUUAAUAUCUCUAGACCUCAAACAACUGAAAUAUUAUAAAAAUGCAUUAGUCACAAAAGAUUUAUUUUCUUACAUUGCACUAAGCUUCAAGAUAUUUUCUGCCAUGCCUUGCCUUUAGUAUAAAUAUUAUAAAAAUUUCAUUGUAAUUUUAUAACUGCCUAAUAACAAACUGAAAACAGAACUUCCGAGUUUCCUCAUCAGAAAGGGCCACAGAAAAGGCCUUAGGAAAGAAACAUUCACUUACUUCUGUGAACUUGGCAAUCUGUAAUUUAACUUUAAUUUGUAUUUUAUGCAUGAAUUUUACUUGUAAAGAUGAAAUUAAAUUUGCUUCCCCUACACCCCAACUCCAAGAAGUCACAGGAAUGGACUCUUUCUAAUAGUGCAGUGAAAUAUUUUUUCAAACCGUAAACACACACAUAUACAUAUAACUUGUAAACAAGAGGUUAAGACAUUUUAUAGCACAUUUAAAAAUUAUUUUCUUCCUCAAAUCUAUCAUGUGGUAACUUAAUCCUUAACAGACUUUAAGGCCCUAAACUAAAAGUAUAAGAGGUAUUUCAUUUGCUUUUUGUACUGGGUAAUUGUAAGAAUCACAAACAAUAAAUCAUGGAAAUCCUUUCUGGGUUUGUGGUUUUUAAGGAAAUAGUAUUGAACUUUUGUAUUUUGUCUUUUAAUUGGCUCCCUGGUAUCUUCAGAAUGAUGUCUAAACUAUUUGGUCCAGAUUCUUCAAUCUGGACCCAUCUACUCUUCUUAUGUUAUCUCCUAUCACUGUUGUCACAAACCAUACCUUAUAGCUAAAGAUUGCUACUUUAGUUUAUUAUAUUCAGAACUUUCUUCACUUUGUACCCCUGUUGCUCAUCUUGGUUCCAUCAUACCUGCAUAUAUAAGAAUUCUAAACAUUUUUGAAGGUUCAUCUCAUCUGUCAUUCCUUUUUGAAGCUUGCCCUUAUAUCCUCUCUUCCCCAAAUCUAAAAGUAAAAUUUUCUACCACUGGAGCUUCAGAUACUUUUUUUUUUUAAUGGCUAUUUUUUUUAAUUUCAAAGUUUUUGGGGACCAGGUGGUGCUUGGUUACAUGAAUAAGUUCUUUAGUGGUGAUUUGUGAGAUUUGGGUGCACCCAUCACCCAAGCAGUGUACAUUGUACCCAAAGUGUAGCCUUUUAUUCCUCACGCCCUACCCACACUUUCUCCACAGUCCCCAAAGCCCAUUGUAUCAUUCCUUUGUUGUUGCAUCCCCAUAGCUUAUCUCCCAAUUAUGAGUGAGAAUAUAUGAUGUAAAAAACACAAAAAUGAAGUUAACAUCAUUACAUACAUUUGUGAACACAAACUUUCAUACAUUUAACUCAAUUGAGGAUAUUAAAUAAUGUUAUAAAAAUGAAAAAAAAAAAGAAAGUAGGCCAAGAAGAUUUAAUAUAUGGUUAACAGAAACUCCUUAUGAAGAAAAUCAAAACAGGAGAAUACUAAGAAGUAUAAUUUUUUAAAAAGCCUCAAAUAAAAAAAAUAAUAUUCUCCUAAGACCACUAUGUGUGUAACGUGGAAUAAAGUAAUUGUGGAAUCAUCUACUUCUACCAAUUGCUAUAUCUUUGAGAAUUAUAAUUCUCCAAUUCUCCAUAUAAAGAAAGGAAAUACACAUAAAAUAUAAAGUUACAUCAAAGACUCUGGAGAGUUGGAUAGAAUUGGAGACCAUUAUUCUAAGUGAAGUAACUCAGGAAUGAAAAAGCUUCAGAUACUUUUAAUACUACUUAUUUGAAUUUCAUUAUUUUUAUUACAGUUAUUUAGAUUUAAGUCAACUCCAAGGUCUGUGAGUUGAAAAUUAUACCUAAUUAUUAUUGUCUUCAUAACAGAGAACUUUUAAAAUUAUGGUUUAUUGUAAGUCAAUGUCUUACAGAACAAACUCAGAGUCAAGCUUCUUUUGAAUGUGCAUAAUCAAGCUAUUUUCUGUCAUCAUUACUUUAACAAGUAACAUUAUUUUCUAUGAAGAAUAGGGUGCAUAUACAUAAACCCAUGUGCCAGUUGCCAUUGCACUGCCUCUCACAUUUUCCUCUAGACUUUUGAGCAUAGUUUUAAUGACUGUUUGAAAUCUCUGUCUCAUCGUUCCAAAUCUGGGUCAUCUUGGAGUUGGUCUUCACUGGUGCCUUUUCUCUUAAGUAUGGGUCAUAAUUUUCCUGUUUCUCUAUAUGUCUAGUAAAUUAGAAUUUUAUUCUAGAUGAUGAAUAAUGUGUGGCAGAGAUUCUGGAUUCUGUUACAUUCUAUCAAAGAGUAUUGAUAUUUUUGUAUAUACAUUUACAAAUGUACAUGUAUACAAUAAUAAAAAUAAUAUUUUUUUCUCA